AUGGCAGCAACCCCCGCACCGAACACACCAGUGAAAACGGAGGAUGAACAGCUUGGGGAUUCUCUAGAAGCUGGCAACUCGGGUGACACGCGUAAUGGAAAGAUUGUAGCCGCGCCAAUCGAUCCCGAGUCGGACGAGGAUGUGCCGGUUGAGGCCGAAGAGCUUCAGGAAGCUCUUGCACGGCCGCCGCCCGUCAACAGCAGCUACCUCCCCCUUCCCUGGAAAGGUAGACUGGGUUAUGCCUGCCUGAAUACCUAUCUUCGUUACUCAAACCCACCCGUUUUCUGCUCCCGCACUUGCCGCAUAGCUUCAAUUCUCGAGAACCGACAUCCGCUUGCAGACCCCUCACAACCGCCUCAUGCCACAAAAAACCGACCGGACCAGUCACAACCGCCUGAUGUCGCGAGAGGCCAAGCGUACGUGGAGGCUUUGGGGUUAGCGAAUGCUCGUGACCUGCUGAAGCUGAUACGUUGGAACGACCGGUAUGGAAUCAAAUUCAUGCGCCUCAGCAGUGAGAUGUUUCCGUUUGCAAGUCACAAAGAAUACGGUUAUAAGCUAGCACCCUUUGCCUCCGAGGUGCUGGGCGAGGUUGGACGUCUCGUGGCAAAGCUUGGCCAUAGGGUGAGCGUGCAUCCAGGCCAGUUCACUCAGAUAGGGUCUCCUAGAAAGGAAGUCUUGGAGAAUUCGAUCAGGGACUUAGAGUACCACUCGGAGUUGUUGCAGCUGCUUAAAUUGCCUCCGCAGCAAGACCGUGACGCAGUGAUGAUCCUCCACAUGGGCGGUGUCUUUGGCGAUAAGGAGGCGACCCUGGAUCGGUUCCGCGAAAACUACCAGAAACUUUCGCAGGACAUCAAAAAUCGCCUGGUGUUAGAGAACGACGAUGUGAGCUGGUCAGUGCAUGAUCUGCUCCCUAUAUGCGAGGAGUUGAAUAUACCGCUGGUUUUGGACUACCAUCAUCACAACAUCAUCUUCGAUUCCUCUCAGGUUCGUGAAGGGACUUUGGAUAUCAUGGGUCUCUAUGACAGGAUCAAGGCUACGUGGGCAAGAAAGAAUAUCACACAGAAAAUGCACUACUCUGAGCCUACGUCUGCCGCCAUCACCAAUCGUCAGCGUCGGAAGCACAGUGACCGCGUCCGGGUUCUCCCUCCCUGUGAUCCUGCCAUGGACCUGAUGAUUGAAGCCAAAGAUAAGGAGCAGGCCGUUUUUGAGUUGAUGAGGACGUAUAAGCUUCCGGGACAUGAGCUCUUCAACGAUAUUCUGCCUUAUGUCCGCACCGACGAGAAUAAGCCGUUCAAGGCGCCGCGGAAGUCGAAGAAGAAGAACGGCGAUUUCGUCGACCUCGAAGCCCAGGUGCCGCCUCCCAAGACUGUGCCUGAAGAAGAAGUCGGUAUGGGCGGUCCUGAGCGCAGGGUCUAUUGGCCGCCGGGAAUGGAAGAAUGGCUCAGGCCGAAGAAGAUCGUACGGACCAAAGCGCUCAAAACUCCCAAGUCGUCCAAGAAGGCUCCACCGCCCGAGGCAGAUGUCGACGUUGAUGCUGCUCCCGCUACGCCCAGCACCCCUACAAAGUCUGCCAAAGCCGCUGAACGGCCAUCAACUACGAAGAAGCGAGUUAGCAGAAAGCGCAAAGCCUCGCCUGAUCCAUCUACCCCAUCAGCGUCUGAUGUUGAACCUUCUGAUGAUGCUAAGCCGGCCAAAUCGCGGGCUAAAACUGAUGGAGUUCGUCGGAGUCGACGAACGACCACGGUUAACUAUGCGGAAGACAGCGAAUCUGCUGCCCUCUAUUUACAUCAUCUUAUCAAUUUUCGCCCCUCCCUCGACUCAACCGUCUCGAAUUUCACGAGCGCCAUGGCGCCAGCCAGCUGCGACAUCCUCGGGGUCGACUAUGAGAAAGAGUAUCUGCAAAAAAUGGACCAGGUCACCACCAAAAUGGCCGGGGCCUUGGGCUUCAAGGACACUGCCGGACUCUGGGACCUGUAUUUUAAUGACAGCUCCACUCGAGCCAUCCUAGAUGCUUGGCUCGACGUACGGGAUAACAAGUUUGGAAGGCCACAACUCAAGCCUUCCUACAUGACCUUGCGCCCGGCUGUGGUCAAUAAGGCGUUCGACCAUGCCGUUCACUCCAUAAUAGCCGGCCCGCAACAACCAGCUAUCGGAUUCGGCACCAACGGCAUUGACGAGAAGUCGCUCGCACCCCUCACUUGCCUCUGGUUCUCGGUGCAACUGAUCAAAGCGAAGCCGGAUCUCUUCUCUCGAACCCGGAUCGACGGUUUAACGUUCCACCCGGACCCAUACGACAUGACGCAUGCCUAUAAAUUGCUAUCAUGGAUCUACCGGAAGAAGAAGGGAAGCAAAAUUCCCAUCCGGAAACCCCAUGCUGUUGCGGCCGAGUCACCGGUCUACUUCCUUGACGCCAUCCGUGAAGCCACUACAGUGGGACCGGAUCGCUCGGUUGAAGACUUAUUUGGAAUGACCUCACUCGAAGCAAGUCGAGCCGCAGAGAAUGCGGUAGCAGUGGCUAGCGCUGAUCGUGACGACGAUGCUGUCAAGACUCCUAAGCUCAAUGUGUUCGAAGAGAUUGUGAACGCGGUCUACAGCGGACAAUCGGGAAGGAAUGUUGACGCCCCACGCCCCUGUCUACCUAUCGAUCGCUUGAAUCUCUUGAAGCAUCUCAUGGAAAUGGAUCGGUUCAAGGAUGAUUGCAUCUCAUGCGAGGAUAUUUCUUCUGAGUUGAUUCCAACUACUACUAUGAGUGGGAGACUUGACCCUGUUUCAUCAGAGUCAGUCUCAAAUACCGCUCCAAUUUCCCUGGCAUUGGACCUCCUCCUGAAAGGUCUAAAAGGUUCGACCACCAUCGGCCCAGGCAUUCCCGCUUGUCAAAUAUCUACGAUUGAGCUCGUCAAUCCAGAACGAAUCCAAGCAAUUCACGACAAGCGUUAUGCCCAGCUGAUUCCGGAUCUGCAACCCGCCAUAGUCAGGCUUGGUGACGGAAGCCACGCGCAUAGGUGCGCCACCCUGCGCCUCUGCCUACUAGCAUUUUCCACAAGACUCGACCAGUUUGUGUCACGCAUCAACGCCGAACACGACCUAGUCGACAAGCUUCGUGACUACGCAAAGAAAGAGGACCGAGGCUUUGCGUUAUUCUACGCUAGCACCACGCUAGACCCGGCCGUGCCUAUGCCCUCGAUCCCUUCCCUGCAAGCAUCCUAUCUUGCGAUGGAUGCCCCGAAGCUGAGAUAUUUAUUCAAAAUUUUGCACGACGAAGGUGCUUUUGAGACGACAUCCACACGCCGCCCCCGUUUCAUGGUCAUUGCCAAUUGGCAACCGGUACUGUGGAUGACGGAGAUGUUCCUCAACUCACUUUCGAUACCAUUCGUCACUGUAUGGUUCUCGCCAUCCAUGACGACAAAGGAACGCAGAGAGGCUAUCAAACCUUUCGCGUCAUCAAAGAGCCGCUGUCAAAUCCUUCUUACGAAUUUCAACGUCAAGCUCGAAGCGCUCAACCUUCACAAAAUCUGCUCGCGGAUGAUUAUCAUGGAGCCACCGCCAGACCUGCAAAGAGUAUUCGAAGCCAUCGGCAGUAUUCAUCGCGUCGGCCAGAAAGAACGCCAGCGGGUCUGGCUUCUUUUCCAAAACCGCACGUUCAAUCGCCGGAUGGAGGCUCUUAGCACGCGCAAUGCACUGCCUUGGAUAGCUGAGCAGAUGGAGAAAAGCAAGGCCAUGACCGAAAAGGUCAACAAGAAAUCUGCGGAAUUGGAACUUUCGCGUGUGCUUGGAAGGUCCCGCCGGUUCUCGGAAUUUGCGGACUGGAAUGUUUUAGAGCAUUGUGAUUGUCAAUCAAGUGAUUUUAAAUCACCAACCUUAACUCAUCAAAAGCGCCCAGCAUCUUUUCCGCGGCGGCAGUCUGUAAAAAGGGGGAAGUUAUUGUGA